AUGGCAGUGAAUGUGUACGCCACAUCUGUGUCCAUUGACAACCUAAGCCGUCAUGACAUGCUGGCAUGGGUCAACGAUUCAUUGCAACUCACCUACACCAAGAUUGAACAGCUAUGUUCAGGAGCGGCGUAUUGCCAGUUCAUGGACAUGUUGUUUCCAGGUUGUGUCCUUCUGAAGAAGGUCAAAUUUCAAGCCAGGCUGGAACAUGAAUUCAUACACAACUUCAAAGUUCUUCAGGCAGCCUUUAAACGGAUGACUGUUGACAAAAUAAUUCCUGUAGAAAAGCUCGUAAAAGGAAAGUUCCAGGACAACUUUGAAUUCGUGCAAUGGUUUAAGAAGUUCUUCGACGCCAAUUACGACGGAAAGGAGUAUGACCCUCUACUAGCCAGACAGGGGCAGGAGAUGACCCCUCCUCCCAACCCAGGUGAUCACUUUAUCCACAAACCAAAGAGAAACCCAGGACCACAGAGGACAUCUCCAACAGUUCCCAAAAGCACGCCAGUGUCACAGAGAGUCCAGCACAACACUCCAGCAAUGAGGAAGAAUCCAUCUUUGCCUAGAAACGGGGGUGGCGACGCUGAGAUCACAGAACUAAAUCAACAGUUGAUAAAGUUGAAGUUGAAUGUAAACAGACGAGAGAGUGAGAGAGACUUCUACUUUAGCAAACUACGAGACAUUGAGCUGAUCUGCCAGGAACAUGAGAGUGAGAACAACCCCACCCUCUCCAGGAUAUUGGAGAUUCUCUACGCAACAGAGGAUGGCUUUGUUACUCCAAAGGAAGACAACUACCUUGAUGAACAAGCUGACUUGGACCAGGAUGAAUACUGAGCCCAUCAUCUCCCCUCUCUCAUUCCUAAAUGUCUUUAGUCCUCCCCAUCCUACUUUCUCUCCUCAUUUUGUUUUUUUACUUUGUCUCUGCACACAUUCAAUGAACACCCCCCACACACACACACAC